GUCACGUGAGUCACUAAGUGGGUGGGCGUGGUUUUGGCGCGGGUGAGGUCCCUGUUGUCGGGCAGAUCAAGGUUGACGGCGUGCUUUAGAGUGCUUCUGGUUAGGUUGUUAGUUUUAGUGGUUUUAGACAUGGAUAUCAACAAGUCCAGAAACGCCAGCCACACCUUGCCUUCCUUUCAGUUGUCAAACGGAUACAUCUUACCGGAGGGCAAAUUGACUCCCAAUGCCCUCUUUGUUGGCGGGAUCGACAUGAAGGUGGAUGAAAAUGAAAUGCGGGACUUCUUUGCAAGAUACGGUACCGUUAAGGAAGUAAAGAUUAUCACAUACCGUGGAGGAAUCUGCAAAGGCUACGGAUUUGUGUACUUCACUGAAGAGGUCAACAUUCAGUCAAUCAUUGAGCAACAGAUCAGUUUUAAGGGACGGAAACUCAAGCUGGGCCCUGCCAUCAUGAAAGAAAGGGGCUCUCGGUCAAUGCCAUCUCGUCUAGUUGGUCCUACUCCUUGGGUGAAUCCCACCCAGUACUUCUACUGUACUUGCUGCUCACCCAUGGGAGGUGGGGUGCCACAGCCCUCGCCCGUCCUUAAUGGAGGCAACGUAUACAAUCAGCCAUACUCGUACACCAACUUUGGAGGGGUCAUGAUCCCGCAGAUCCCGGUGAACUACAUGCAGAAUGCCAAUGCCUAUGCCUAUCAGUAUACCCCACCUCCCUGGAUGGCGGACCAGAGGACACGACCUGUCAAUCAGAACUUUGUGGACUGUGGAGUCCAGACCAUGCUGACUGUACUGUAGUCCACAGCUACUGAGAACCAUUCCAGGAUUCAGUGAGUCAGAAUGCAGACAAGAUGACACCUUGAUGUUCCAGACAUCCGCAGCAACCCAACUCUUCAGUCUGUUUUCCAAAUGCCCUCGCCUCACAUUCUUUGCCUUAAUAUUUGAGAGCCAUUUUAACACCAGGCUGCAUGAGAUUUCCACUCUAACUAUACUAAUCUGAUCCCACAACUGCAAUUUGUAGAGCUGACCUGCAGUCAGCUGCUUUUAACCCACACGGAUCACAGUGACAGUUGCACAGGAAGAGCAGAGCACCCUCACCAUACCGGCUUACACAUGGAUCACAUUCUGUAUUCUUUUUGGUUUUUCUAUAAGUAUCCAAACCAUAAGAUGGAAAGACUUUUAAGCCCACUCUUUGUGCUUAUUUAUAUUUUAUUUUUAAUCUUUUUGCAAUUAUUUUAAAUGUUUGGUUGGGGGUUUUAGCAUCUGCUUGGGCUCUCUGUAUAUAUGUAUAUAUUUAUGUAUUAUUACAAUGCCUUGACCUCAAUCUGGUUAUUUCAGCAUUGGAGUAUUUGUCUUCCAACUCCAGUUCAGGUCUAAUGAUCCUCAGAUUAAGAAUCCUCAUUAACAUGUUUACUAUAGCAUACAGUCACUUGGUCAAUCCCAAUUUCAAGUGCACUUUUUUUUUUUGUUUUUUUUGUUUUUUUUUUUUGUUUACAAUAACUCAAAAAUCAACUGAUAUUUGGAAAAUGAAGGACUUGAUUUAAAGCAAGAUGCUGUAUUACAUCUCUUUAGGAAAAGGUUCACUGUUAGGGUUUUACAGGUAUGUCUUAAUUGAGAAAUGUUUUUAGGCAUUUUUCCUCCAGUAAGUGCACUUAAAAUGUGUUGAGGUUUAAUUGUAGGAGUAGUCUUGUGUGAUUGAAAAUGCACCUUGGUGUGUGGUGUACAUUACAGCUUUUCUUUGACCCAGUUCUGCGUAGUUUUGUAUGGAGAUCAACCUCAAGAUCUGUUGUCUGCAGGCAUGAUUGUGUUGUUUUGUUCAGAGAGCCUGGGCACUGCACCGUUGGGGCUGUGUUACUGUUCGUAUUUUGCACUGUUUGUUGAUUACAUAAA